GCCUUCCAGUCCAUGAUUCUUCUUCCUUCCCACCAUCCUUCAACCAGUAUCUCGUCCUUGUAGAAGUUGAAGCAAAAAAAUGGCAAUGGUCCCUGAUGCCUUCGUCUCUCGUUUGUGUUGGAUGCUAUUAUCCUAUGCAAAGGAAGAGGCUGCCAAAAUCUUGGGUGUGCCCGAGGAAAUCAAGAAGCUUCAUAGGAGGCUGAAGAGGAUGCAAGCCAUUCUCGCUGAUGUAGAGAAUAGACGCUUCGACAACGAGGCCAUCAACCUUUGGCUGAACGAGCUGCGAGAUCUCAUGUACGAUGCAGACGACAUCAUCGAUGAAUGCCGGAUCGAGGGCGAGAAGCUUCUCAUCUCAAACUCAUCCUCAUCUCGUUGUGGUCAGUCGGUACGUGGUUGCUACCCUCCUAUUACUUGCUGGCAUGAAGGUAGAUUCCAUCAUGAGAUUGGCCAUAGAAUUAGAAAUCUCAACCGUGAGCUUAAACAACUUGCCAAGGACAAACAAGAGCUCCAUCUUACACCUGCUCCUCAUGAUGACCGCUACAAGAGUAGAAUAAGCUGCAAGACAUCUCCUAUUAUCGAACCUGAUCUUGUGGGAGAGAAAAUUGAGGAUGAUACAAGGAGGUUGGCGGAUCUGCUGACAAAGGAAGAUAACAAAAAAAUCCAAGUCUUUGCCAUUGUUGGCAUGGGGGGGAUAGGCAAAACUACUCUUGCUCAGAACAUUUACAAUGAUAAGAAGCUUCGGGACAACUUCAACCCAAAGUCACAGAUUUGGUUGUGCGUGUCUCAAGAUUUCUUCGAGUUCGAUUUACUGAGAUCUAUCAUAAAGCAAGCUGGAGGUGAUCCUGGAGAGGCUAAGGAGAAGGGAGUGCUCGAACCCAUUCUUAGCCAAGUCAUCAUGAAUAAAAAAUUCUUCCUAGUCUUGGAUGAUGUUUGGGAUGCGCAAGUAUGGAAUGAGCUACUGAGAAAGCCCUUGCAUAGUGGCUCGGCAGAUAGUAGAAUUUUGAUAACAAGUAGACAUGAAGCCAUUGCUAGACAGAUGGGAGCAGUAUACAUCCAUAGGGUGGAGAAGUUGUCUCAAGAGGAUGGUUGGUCAUUAAUUUGCAAGAUGGUGUUUGAGGAAGGCGAGGAAGGAGAUAUGCACGAGUUAAGUGAUGUCGGGAUGAGAAUUGUAGAGAAAUGUGAUGGCCUUCCGCUUGCUCUUCGGACUAUUGGAGGGCUUUUGCGAACUAAGGAGAAAAGGCAUUCAGAAUGGAACAAAGUCCUUUCUAGUCCAGCAUUGUCUUUUACAAAACUUCCAAAAGAGGAGAUGGGCCCGUUGUACUUGAGCUAUCUGGACUUACCGCCUCCUCUGAAGCAGUGCUUCACUUCUAUUACAUUAUUUCCUAAGGACUUCCCAAUUCGUGGAGCUCCUUUUGGCAAUAGAUGUAUUGUCGAGGGCUUUGUAACAUCCGAAGACGAUACACCCUUGGAAGAUGUGGCAGAAGGGUAUUGGAAGGAGUUGGUGCAAAGGAACCUUCUACAAUCAGAUCCUCGAUAUUAUGAUCAAAAAGGUUGCAGGAUGCAUGACCUCCUGCGGUCUCUAGCUCAGCAUAUAGCAGGGGAUGAGUGCUUCGUCGGAGAUGCACGAGCAUUUGAAAACAAGAUCAUGUCCUCCUCUUCAUCGAUAAAACUACGUCGUUUAUCAAUUGUAGAUGGAAACUUGGAAACUAUACCUGACUUGAUCAUGAAACAAACAUCCUUGAGGACCCUAUCAUUCUUCCAUAUCCCACUUAUUCAUGAUCUUCCAGAAGAUCUCUUCAGAAAGCUGAGGAGUUUAAGGAUCCUGAAUUUACGUAAAAUAGCCAUCAACAAUCUCCCAACUUCUUUGGGAGAUCUUGUGCACCUUAGAACUCUUGAUCUCUCUAAUAGUUCAAUAAGAGAGAUACCAGAGAGUAUAGGGAAUCUUAGAAAUCUCCAAUUUCUGGUACUUGAGGACUGUAAAUAUUUGCACAGCCUCCCUAGCGGUGUCCUUAGGUUAAUCAAUCUAAAGGUUCUUGUUGUCGAGGGUGCACCACUUGAUGGUAUACCAAUAGGAAUAGGGAGACUGCGACAACUAAAUACACUAGUGGGAUUUGUGGUGAAUGUUAGCGAGGGCUGCAGAUCUAGAGUAGAAGAAUUGAAAUUCCUCUCCCAGCUCAGGUUUGUGAGCAUCAUCAAACUGGAAAGGGUAUCAAAUAGGGAAGAAGCAAGAGCUGCCGCACUCGAAGCCAAGCCCCAUCUCACAGAUCUAUUUCUGUAUUGCACGCUACCGAGCAUCUUUUUUGAUGUGCAGCAGCCUCGUGCAAAUGAUUACGAGGAGGAAGAUAUCAAUAGAAUAGGGGAGGUCUUCGAGGAGCUUCACCCACCGCCAUGCCUUGAAAAGCUUGAAAUCAAUGGUUACUUCGGCCGUGAGUUUCCCACCUGGAUGAUGACACCCUCCCCAUCAUUGCUCCGGAAUCUGCGAGUGCUGCAUCUGAAGAAUUGUGCUCUAUGCCAGCAACUUCCAUCCUUGGGAAUGCUGCCACAACUAGAUUACCUCUGGAUUGAAGGUGCUUCUGAAGUCACGAGCAUCGGGCCUGAAUUCUUAUUGCUGGCGGGUGGUAGUGCUGGUGUAAGAGGCCGGAAUGGAAGAAAAACAGACUACUUCCCCAAACUAGAGGAACUUGGAUUUAAAAACAUGCCUAAUUGGGAAGAAUGGUCGUGGCGGUGGGAGGAGGAGGACAACCAGACAACAUUGUUGCUACCUUCUCUCAAGUCUUUGACCAUAGAUGAAUGUCCGAAGUUGAGGUCUCUUCCGGAGAGCCUCCUCUGUCAUGCCACCGCACUGAAGGAGUUACGAAUUAGAAGUGCCCACAGCCUGAGAGAAAUACAAAAUCUCCCCUCUCUUACAGAAUUGAUCUUGAUUGAAAACUCAAGUUUGGAGAGAGCGUCCAACUUUCCUAGACUCAAACACCUAGAUGUUUAUGAUUGUGAGGAAUUGAAGAUUGUGGAGGGUGUGAAUGCCGUGGAGCACAUACAGCUCGAUGAUCGAGAAGCAGUCUCUCUCCCGGAAUGGUUAGCGAGUGCUGAUGAAGAACAACUGUGCUUCCCUUUCCUCCACAAGUUGACUCUCUCCAACAAAAUCUGUCGCCGAGGGCUGCCUGAUUGGCCUCUGAUUUGAUGACACAUCUUGAACCAAUCAGUUCCUCCUCUCUAUUUACAUCUGCUUUAGAAAGCAAAGAGAUGUGAGAUUACUUGCCAACUCCGUGGUACUCUGCACCAUUCUUGUCCUUUCAGAUUGAUAUCUGGGUAUAGGAUUGGCACAUUCUCCUGCAACACCAGUAUCUCUCCGUCUUCAACAGCAUCAAGCAACAGCAAUAAUGACAUGCAAAAAGAAGUUUGAGACGCCCAACAGACCAGCUUUAAGUCCUUGUUUCUGAAGGCUUCCGUCCAAGUGUAUUCGUAGCUGGGGUUCCAGCACAGUCAUAUAUAGCACAAGCAAUUACCCAUCUACGGCAAAGGAUUGAUGACAGCAAGAUACUGUUGUUCCAGUUCUCAUUGUUUCACAAGAUCAUUUAGCAUUUUUUGCCUCCCACUAAGAUCAUUAUUGACAUGCCAAUGCCCACAAGGUGAAUGGUGCAUCUUGGAAGAGAGAGAGAUUCUCUCCCAGCUCAAGUCCUUCAAGUAACAAAACAAUGUCCAAUGAGCUACCGUUCACUUGGGGUGAGUGGGAAAUUAGGAUGAAGAUCCUGGUAAGCUUUUGAGGAGCUCUACCCUCCACCAUGAAAAGUAUCUUAGCAUCAGAGAUUUGUAAUGUCCAAGCCAUGAAUUUGAACAGAACCUCUGUUAUUAGAUAGAAACAACGUCCGUCCAGGCAUGUAGUUGGAUCGUGAUCAUCAUUCUGGAGAACUUUUUUUCGUCGACUUUGUUGUAACCGAUGAUGUCUUUGCAGGGUAUGAUCCAACCUCAAAGUUUUUCCUAGAAGCAAUGAGACUGGAAGAUCAAGCACAGGGCAUGAAAAGCUGGAUUGGUUGUGAAGCAGUGUACAUACAACAAGUCGCUUGCAUUACCGAUCCUUCCUUGGAAAAUAAAAUAUCCCAGCAGUUUUGCAUUUCCCUUUUCCCUCAAGGAUAUUGUGUUAGAGGUAGUAAGACGGGAAUCACCUUCACACAAUCACAGAACCCUUCGAUGGUACUAGAAGGAACCCUUUCGACAGAGCACAACUUAAGAGCACCUGAUGCAGAAGCCUUGCAGAUACGAAGCAUGCCUCGUUCCUGAACAAUUUAUUCAGCGUGUCUGCUGUCUUGAUGAACAAGUUCGGAAGCAUUGGCUUCUGCUGGUAUCCCACCAAGCUCCAUGGAAUUCUUUGCACUUCCUGCACUGAAAAUCCUGUUACAACUUUUUAGAUGUUCGUUCUGAAGUUGCGAUGUAUUGCAUAUCAAAAUGAAUUUUGCACGUCAUCAAAUGUAGAGUUUCGGAAGAUGUCUGUAUCGAUAUUAUUGAGGUAUCACACCAUGUGGAAAACUCCCAUACACCCGAUAUGGUCUUGAUAUUAUUGUGUUGAGCUGAUUUCGCUCUUUGCCGGCAGCAUAAAUGGUACCGUAUCUGAAUAAAAGGUGGGAAAUAUUUCUGGGAUAGUUUUGCGGCAAUGUCUUUCAACCUGAGCCUGAGUCCUGCCAGUUUAGAUUGUUUUUUCUUUUUAUGUGUGUGUGUGUGUGUGUGUGUGUUAUGGCUAAGCUUUUUUGUGGGAUUAUUGAAUGUCUGUACCUUUGUUUCCCCAGUUAACAUUUGGAUGCAGGUGGUUUGGGUUGAUGCAAGAUUCAGCUUGGGCCCAAUAGUACGUGAAAUAUUCUUUGAAGUAUAUGAUUUAUAUCACAAACCCGAUGGGUUGAUGGAGCCGGUUAGACUGAAAAUGGAUGGAAUAUAGACCGGAUACUAAUAAAAAAAUUUGGGAAAAAUUAUACAACUAUAGACCACUACCUUCGUGUACUUGUGGACAUUGUACAUGUAAUGCAGUGGGAACUGUCAGUGAGGCCCAAUAGAAGGAUUAUGUGU